AUGACCCUAAACCCUGCGGCCAUUAACCACUUGGAGAAUGAUUUUCCUUGGGGGCUGACUGCUUUAAUGUUCAACUCUUUGUUAGAAUCUUGCGAGCCUGGAUACAAAGUGCAAAGUCACACAACGCUGCUUGAUAAUGAUCAGUCGAAGCGCCCAUUGCCAGAAGACUUCGCAAUGAGAGGGCUACUCUACUCAGAGGACUAUCCUCCUAAGGACUGGUUCCACAAUGACAGAAUCGACGACGAUGAGAGAUAUUCUGAACUGGCGCCCAUGGCAGAAGAACGAAAGCACCGGAUUCUUUCUUUGGGGCUUGGCAUUGCUAAUUCAGGCUGCUGGCUGAUUUGGGAUGAGGCAACUAGCUAA